AUGGCCACCGUAGGUAGUUUGCAGACGAUGCGCCCGACAUCUAUCUCUGGAAUUGCCUUGGUGGCAUUGUGCGUCUGGAUUCUUUACCGUCUUUCCAGAGUAGGAGCACGAGACAGAAGACUGCCACCAGGGCCGCCUACUGUUCCUAUUCUUGGGAAUCUGCACCUAAUUCCGACGAGUGGCAUAGGGCUCAAGCUGAAGGAAUGGGGAGAAAAGUAUGGUGGAAUCUUUUCGCUCAAGUUCGGCAACAGUACCGUGGUGGUGCUGUUCGAUCGAAAGGCCGUACACCAUCUCCUUGACAAGAAGGGAGUAUUGUACUCGGAGCGACCACAGAGCUAUGUCCCGUCGCUUGUGACGGGCGGUGAUAGUUUUGCGUUCAUGAACAGUACCCCUCUGUGGAGAGCAGAACGGAAAGUGGCAGUUCACAACUUGUCGCCCAAGAUGCUUGAGGAAAAAGUUGGCCACAUCCAAGAUGCGGAGUCUGUCGUGCUCCUGGCAAGCAUUCUCGAUAGCCCUGAAGAGUAUUAUAAACACAUUAAACGAACGACGUCUUCGGUUGCCAGCGCCGUGGUUUUCGGACACCGUGGUCCUACCAUGGACAACUUCUGGGCCCGAGCCGUGUAUGACGCCAUGGACAACUACUCAGCGUCUCUGGAGCCCGGUGCCAAUCCACCGGUGGACGAGUUCCCAUUCCUGAAGUACAUACCUGAGAGAUUUGCCAAAUGGAAGAGACGCGCCCUUGGUUCUUACAAAUGUAUGGACGACACUUGGGCAGAGGCCAGACGUAGGGUCAACCUAAGACGAGAAAAGGGUAUCAAGAGAGACUCUAUCAUAGACUCCAUCCUAGAUGGAGAGAAACACAGCGACCUUGAUGUCACCGACAAGCAGCUCAACCACUUCUUGGGGGUUAUCGUCGAGGGGGGAGCUGACACAACAGCAUCGGCGACCCUGACGUCGAUAAUGUAUUUGGCCCUUCAUCCGGAGUUCCAGGAGAAAGCCCGCAGGCAACUUGACGCCGUAUGUGGAACGGACAGGCUUCCUUCGAUCAAUGAUUUUGAAGCCAUUCCAUACAUCAAUUGCCUGAUCAAAGAGGCAUUGAGAAUACACCCUGUUCUUCCACUCGGCGUUCCACACCGGGUCAACCAAGACGACUGGUUCGAUGGGAUGCUGAUUCCGAAAGAUUCAACUGUCAUUCUUCCCACGUGGGCUCUACACUUGAGCGAGAGUCAAGGGUACAAAGACCCGCAAAAAUACAAUCCGGAUAGAUUCCUGGAAUAUCCUCGAAUGGCAGACAGCUACGCCGGAAGUCCAGAUUGGCAGCACCGUGAUCAUUAUGCCUAUGGAGCUGGCCGACGCAUUUGUCCAGGCAUCCACCUGGCCGAGCGAACUCAGUGGCGCUUGAACGCGAGACUUCUGUGGGCUUUUGAGAUCCAACGCAAAAUAGAUCAUGAGACCGGGAAGCCGAUACCCAUCGACGUCAACAAAUACCAUGAGGGCAUCUCACACACGCCAGCCGAGUUUCCUGUUGUUUUUAAACCGAGAAGUCAGGCGCAUAUUGCUCUGAUCAGAGAAGAAAUGGCCAAUGCUGCGAAGUUCUUGAAAGCAUGGGAUGAUUGA